UGUAUAUCACGUGACGUUAUGCGAUAUUUAAGACAUUUAAAAACAUUAAAAUUACGCUUCAAAAUAAAAUAGACUGUUCAUCAUCUUCUCAAAAAAUAUGGAACAAGAGUCCAAGCUCUCAACAUCAUUUCAUGAUGAAAACUCAAGAGCCCAAAAUAAAGGGCUCGCCGCUGGCCACCACCAUGGCCAGCGAGAGGGGUGAUGUUCUCAGUUCGCCACUGUAAAUGCCAUCAUGGCUCACACUUGACGCUCCUGAUGAAGAGAGAGAAAACGAACCACGACGGAGGCGGAAUAGGAAUUGCGAAAGAGGAGAGCAAGAAAACACGUACGGAAAACCGACUUUUCCGAUUGGAGUUUGUUAGUGAUUAAUUUGAUUUUGAUCAAACUCUACUCAAUGUCGACCCUUCUCGCGCAACAUUGGGCGUCUUCUACACCUUCAUUGGGCUCGGAAAAAUGCCAACUUUUUGCUUUCAAUUUCUCAUUACCGCCGGAACGUGAGCAUGAUGGAAACGAAACCGACUUGGACCUCGUCAUCUUCUUCUUGGCUUCGACUUCAUAUUGCACUUCCUCGACUUCUUCGGGCUUUUUAGUCUUUUUACCACGCUUGGCCUUAAUAACGGACCACAGCGAGGUUUUGCUCCCGUGACGCAGAGGAGGAUUCCCUGUUUCAUCAUCUUUUUUGUCCAUAUGUCGCCGGAAAAAAAAAGGCAAAGAAGUGGAUCUCGAGCGUCGGAAAGGGCAUUCACUGUCAAUGAGAUUCGACAUGCGGCCGGUGGCCCCGAUCCCGGUGUUAGACUUGGAGGAGGAACGAGAGAAGAAGGAAGAGGAAGACGAAGACGAAGAGGAGGAAGUGGGGUAGCAAGUGUAGGGUCGGACGUUAGCGCAUUCGGGGCAGAGAGUGAUGAGGCGGUCUCUGAGGCAGAAGGGCAGGCGCCGGUGGUUGGACGCUUGGAAGGGUGCUUCCGACAUCUCCAAGCUUCUUCGUCGUCAAUAAACAGCGCCAUUGUUAAUGGUUUGCCCUCUACCCGUCCUAGUUGGCUGGCUCUGUAUUUCUCUUCUGAGCUUGUCCUGUUUGGGUUUUGGGGGGCAGGGGGAGGGGGUGGUGAAGGGUUCUGUUGCCGUUGGCUUCAAAUGAAGAGUUAGGUUUAACCAUGGUUAAGAUGUUGAGAUGGUUGAUGGUUGAUGGCGUCCAUUCGCGUUUGGAAAGCACUGAGUUAUUAACCAGAACCCGGAACGAGGGCUUGACUGGAAAGUUGUCAAUGUUGGAAAGGAUGGGCUGGUGACAUGGCUGAGGGACGGGCUUAGCGACUCCUGGGAUCACCUACACUUAACGGUGAAUUAACACCAAAUACUAAAUCUUCACAAAAUGAAAAUUGGGGUAAUAGAUUGUCGAGCUUUAAAGUUUCGGGUACUAAAUUGGCACUUGGCUAAUGUUUCAAAGAAAGACAACAACAGCUGGGACCAUUUAUUGAACAGGACCCUGCUUAAAAGUUAAAGCUAUUCAUAGACUAGGAUCUUAACCAUCUAAGCUAAUCAACAGAGAAAAUGGAUUAGGAGUUUUAUGAGAGGGUGCCUUACAUCUGCUGAUAUUAAUUACACCAAAACAACUCRUCUCUAAUAAAUGCAACAGUAAAUGAAACCAAGAUAUUUUUAGUGUAGUAGCUGAGAUAGUGUGAGAUCCAGUUUGAGUCGUAAUCGUUUAAGUCUGGCUAAAAUGGGAAUGAGUGGUGGACUUGGCAACGCAGAAGGCAAUACACAAUACUGGAUGUGCUUUGUCACUACACUUACCAUGAUAAUAAAGCUACAAUAUAUGGGAAAGAAACGCUGUCCAUAACUAAAUUACGAUGGGAAGGAAGAACAUUCAACAACAAAGUCAUCACAACUGCUGGCCGGUAUCUGGCACUAAGCACAAUCGAUGUGUCAUUUUCCCGACCAAUAUGGGUUUGAUAGCAGAAGCUCUAGAGAGAAGAAAACAGAGCUGGUUCUCUCUCUCUCUCUGUGACACACACAAGCACGCAGGCACUAUGUGUAUUUCUAUGUUGUUGCAGAUGAUGACUAUGAUUAUGCAGGUUUGUCCGCACAAACAUUGCUAGUGAUUUGACCAUACAUGUGGGAGAAGAUAUCUUUCAUUUGCACAAGCUCCCCAUGGUCUCAAGAAGUGGUUAUCUCAAUAGUUUGAUAUUCAACAGAAGAAACAACGGAGAAGCAGAUGCUGGCAUGAGUGUCCCAAUAAUCCAAUUAGACAGCCUUCCUGGUGGCUGCCAGACAUUCGAGCUAGUAGUUAAAUUCUGUUAUGGGUUGUCAGUUAAUUUGACAGGGAGUAACAUUGCUCCUCUGUACUGUGCUGCACAUUUUCUGGAAAUGGGUGAAGAUCUUAAACAAGGAAAUCUAAUUUCAAGAACUGAAGCUUUCUUGAGCUUUUUGAUGCUUUCAUCUUGGAAAGACAUGUUUAGAAUUUUGAAAAACUGUGAGGCCAUCUCUGCAUGGGCUGAAGAGUUGAAAAUCCUGGAGCGAUGCUCAGAAUCAAUUGCUUGGAAGGCCUGUAUGGACCCCCAAGCAAUUAGUUGUGGUGAUGAUGAAGCACAGUGCUUGAACGUUCUAACUAACAAUUUCAACGAAUCCAAAAUCAAUACAAAGGAUGGUGCUGUUGGUAGUCAUACAGAAGCAGAAAGUAAUUGGUGGUUUGAAGAUGUGUCUCGUCUCAGAAUUGAUCAUUUUAUCAAGGUGAUUAAUGCAGUUAAGAAUAGAGGAAUGAGAUCAGACGUAAUUGGGUCAUGCAUUAUCAAAUGGACUGAAAAAUGGCUUCUACGUAUCAAGAAAAACAUCCAUGACCAUUUGAAUGAGGAACCCAGAGUUACGAUUGAAAGUUUGGUCAAGGUGCUUCCAACAGAGAAAGAUUCUGUUUGCUGUAAUUUCUUGCUUCACCUUCUCAAGGUGGGUAUGGUGAUGAAUAUCAAUCCUGAACUACUGAUGGUGUUAGAGAAAAGAGUGGCUUUGUUGUUGGAGAGUUGUUCUGCAGGAGAUCUUAUGGUGAAGAAUCAUCAUGGAGACAAGGAUUCAGUGUAUGAUGCAAAUCUCAUCAUUAGGGUGGUAGAAGCUUAUGUUUCAUGUGUAUCAAGUAAUUCAAUAUCAAGAAUAUCUGUUGUGGCUAGCGUGGUGGAUGAAUAUCUAGCACUGGUCUCCAUGGACAGCAAUCUCUCUGUGAAAAGUUUCCAAUUACUUGCAGAAGCCUUGCCAGAAGCUGCCCGGUCUUGCCAUGACAGGCUCUAUCGGGCUAUGGAUGCAUACCUCAAGUCGCAUCCUAUAUUGACAGAAGAGGAAAGAGAAAGUGUAUGUAGAGCCAUGGACUACCAUAAAUUAUCACAAGAAGCUCGAAAGCAUGCGAUGAGAAAUGAUCGCUUGCCCUCAAAUUUUAUGGUGCGAUUUAUCCUUUUGGACCAUCUAAAUAUGGCAAGGUCUAUGGUGGAUGACACAUCGAGAUUUCAAAGAACUAAAACUCAAGCAUUUAUCACAGUGUCAAAAAGUCCAGCAAAAAAUUUGAUUAGAACCCAGAAGGAGCUUGAGAUCAUGAAACAAGAAGUUAAAAGGCUCAAGCUGCAACUCAAUGAUUUGCAAUUGUGCAGACUAGAGCUCCAAAAGAAAGUGAAGAGAGGAGCCAGAUAGAAGAGUAAAGUCUAAUCUGUUAGAAAUCUGUCUCUAGAAUUUCAGAUUCUACUUUAUCUAGAAUAAAAAAGAAAUUCUUCUGCUUUCAUAAGUAAGAUUUAAAACUUAAUGUUCACACACACACACACAAUAUGCUCAAAUUAGUAUAUUUGACAAGACAGAAGGGCCUAUGCCCCAGCUCUUUUAUAUGUUUGAGUUCUUCUAUAUGAUGGGGGAAAUGAAAAUUUGGACAA